UUCGGGGUUGUAGGUUUAUAAAUAAAAAAGAGUCCACUUCAAUUUCAAUCAUCUAAGUUUCACUCCUUCAUCCCAUCUCAUCCACAUUGUCUCUCUAAACAUUAAGAUGAAAUCCUUAAUGAAACUCUUUGCAUCGCUGUUACUGUUCGUUUUCUCUUCUCUCCUCUUUGGAGAUAUCGAUGUAGUUGAGUGUUCAAAUCAGAAUCUUCGCUUUUCCGGUCGAAAUAAAUUGUUUGUGUUUGGAGAUUCUUAUGCCGAUACUGGAAACACAAAGACUACUGAUAAGGGGGCAUGGGAAUUCCCUUACGGUAUCACUUAUCCGGGUAAACCCUCUGGCAGAUUCUCCGACGGCCAUAUCUCCACAGAUUUUCUAGCCAAAUUGCUAAGGAUAAAGUUACCAGUGACCUACUCCAAGAAAGAUGACGUGGAUAAGACACGAUUACAAUACGGAAUGAGUUUUGCGUACGGAGGAACAGGAGUGUUCGACACUAAGGUUAAUUAUCCUAACAUGACCGGUCAGAUCAAUCUUUUUGAGCAACUCCUCGGCAAUGUCUACUCUCCAUCCGACCUUUCUUCGUCCGUCGCUCUCGUUAGUGUUGCUGGCAACGACUACCUUUAUUUCCUUUCCACGCGUUCCCCGGCCGCAAUCCUAUCAUUCAUCACGCAAGUUGUGAAUCAAAUCGAGGUGAAUUUGAGGCGAAUUCACUCCUUGGGAAUCAAGAAGAUAGCAGUACCAUCAUUGCAACCGCUAGGGUAUAUCCCCCACUUUGCAAAGGGCUCCCCACUUAUCAAAGCCGCUGUAAACUUUCUGGUAGGACACCACAACAACUUGUUGCAUGAAGUAGUGGCCAAGCUCAAUAAUGAGACCAAUCAUUCGGCUUUUACCAUCAUAGAUUACAACAAUGCCUUCUUGACUGUCAUCAAUAACAAAGGAGAAAUCCCAGAUAUUCUGGUGUUUAAAACCCCGUCCAUAGAAUGUUUUCAAAUCGACGUGAAUGAGUUCAAGAAUUCUACCUUAUGUGAUGAUCCUAGGUCUGCUUUCUUCUGGGAUGGACUUCACCCUACCCAGGAAGGGUGGAAAUCGGUUUACACGGUUUUAAGAAAAAAUAUUACCGCAGCUUUGACUUAAGCGUAAAACCAUUUAUCGAGAUCGAAAAUAAUGAAAUGUAUUUACAUUUUAAGAUUUCUUCUUUCA